UUGUUUGUUUUGAAAGUGCCAGGAGAGCUGGUUAGGUUAGACGUUUCCCGCGAACUUGAAAAUAACAAGACUGUCGCGAUGAUUUUGAGUGACUGGCCAUUGAAACAGUUCUUGUGGAAGAUACCUGCUGGACUGUACAAGCAAAUGUACAGACUUGUUUCAUGGGCUUAUCUGCGAAGCAAGUCAAGUCACUUCUGCCUCCGAGCUCCUCCCUUCCUUGACUUGAUUUAUGAACGGGAUGAACGGACAGCCAGAAUCUAGGGUCAUGACUUAAAAUUUUUCUUUUGCCAUGAGUAAAUUUAUAUAAAUAAAGCGGCUUGUGCCUUAAUUUCUAAGGGAUUCAAGGCGUUUGCGGGAUGGGCUCUCUUGUUUUUGUUGGGUUUGGGUUUGUUUAUUUUCGUUAGCAACGGCCCUUGGCAACUGUCACAACAAAGUCACUGAGUGUUGUUUUGAUACCUUUGCUCUAUGCUCUGAGUUUCUGCGUAAAGUGGUGAUGAAAAUGGAUCUAAUAGAUCUUUUGAGUGUGGAAGCAGAACAACUGACGGAGGAUGAGAAAGAUGAAACAUGUCUGACACUUUCACAGGCUGAAUUGGGGAAGUUGACUGAUACGCAAGAUUUAAAAAAUGCUGUAAAUCUUUUGCAAGGACUCCUCAAAUUCAAAGUUGAACAGGUUGUUAGUCUCACUCUAGAGUUGGAUGAAUUAGCAGCCAAGCAAGGUGCAGAGGAGGCUCAGUUUAUUCAAGAAAUUGAAGAGUUACGAUCACAACUAUCAAAAAGUCCACGAGAACAUGUUCAAAAUGGUGAUACUGAAGAUGAUCUUAGACAGCUUCUGCAGGAAUCUGAAAUCAAUGCCCAGAGGCUGCUUGCUGAAGUACAGGCACAGGAGCAGGAGCAAGUUUCUAACAAAAUGGAGAUGGAAAAGUUAGAAAGUCAGCUAGCAGUUUUAGAAAAUGACCGUCUCUCACUUAAGAGAGAACUUGCUGCUCUUCAAGAGGAAAUACAAAACCGCCAUAAGGAUGUUGAGUCUGAUGCUCAAGAACCCAAAAAACAACACCGACAGUUGGUUGAAUCAUUAAGACAGAAAAACAAGCAUCUGUCUUCACUUUUAAAUGAUGUGGAGGCUUCAGAAAAAGAAAACAUUGUUCUUAGGGAAAAACUUACAAAUAUCAAGAUUGAAUUGUCAGAAGCAACCAAAAGUAUCAUGCAUACAACUGGAGAAAUAGUGACUCUUCAGAUAACCAAAGAGGAACAAGCAGAAAAAGUACGUUACCUAGAACAAAUGUGCGAAGCAUUGCGUCAUCAAGUUACAGAGCUUGUCCAAGAGAAAGAAAAACGUGAUUCAGAGCUUGAAACAUUUCAAAUGGAAAUUGAUAUUCGUGUUGAGGAAUGGAAGAAAAUUGUAGCCACAAAAGAAAAAGAGCUAAGUGACUUGCGUGAUCAACUUGCUCACCAGAGUGUCAAGGGGCAAUAUAUUAUGAAAAGUUGUGAGUCAGACCAAAUAGUUCUGUUAUCACAGACCCUUCAGAAAAGAGAAUUGCAAAUUGAUGAACUACAAGCUCAGCUUUCUCAAGCAACAAAGGAUCUAAAUGAGACAACAUCUCUUCUGGAGAAUAUGCACAGAUCCUCAGAAUUGUCUCAAGUAGAUCCGCAUAUUCAAGUUGCAGAAGUAUCACAAAAGCAGCUUUUAGCAGCUGAAGAUAAAAUUAAAAUGUUAGAGGAAAAGCUGAGAAAUGCUGAGGAAGAUGCAGAUGGAAAAUCAGAGGAGAUUACAAAAAUGAUAAUACAGCUUAGGAGCUAUGAAGCAGGGGAAUUUGGUCUAACAGAAGCACUUGCUCAAAUUAAGGAGCUGUCUCAACAGAGAAUGGUACGAGAUAAACACAUAGAACAGCUUGUUGAAACUGCAAACCAACUUCAAAAUACUUAUGACAGUUUACAAGAAGAAAACCUCACUCUUAGAGAACAGCUGCAUAUUUCCCCUGAAGAUCAUGUCAAAACAAGUACCAAAGUUCUGAAAACUAAAGAAGAAAAUAUCGUGAAGGUCCAUCAGCAACAAAUAGACCGCCUUGAAGAGGAUUUAAUAAGUGCAAAAAUGGAUAGAAGAGCCUUGACUCAACAAGUCCUUGCUCUCUCUAAGCAGCUUCAAGGACUAGAAAAUCAGCCUCCUGAGGUCCAAAGAACAAGUAAUAAACAACAAAUCAGGUCUCAGGCAGAUGCAAGAGCAGCUGCUAGGAAGAUUCGGGCCCUUCAGCAAGAGCAGCAUCAAUCUAGCAUUGAACGCCAAUCACUUGUUGAAGAAAAUGAGGCUCUGCGCCAGGGUUUGCAUGACAUUUUGGACAGCGUUCACAAUCAAGAUGGUCAGAGCAAUGUUCGUUUGGAGUCAAAGGUUUUAGAACAUCUAUUACAUGCUUUAGAUAGCAGGCAUAUAAGUGGUUGGUACCAUCCAGCAAUGAGAAUCCAAGCCAAAGUGAAUGCUGUGGAAGGUAAUAAUGAAGCUUUAAGAGAGCAGCUCCACAGUAUGAGGGAAGAAGAAUCUCGAACUCAAAAUGAACUUCAUAAAGCCAAGCUUCGUAUUGCGGAACUGGAAGAAAUCUCAAAAGACCCUCUGAACAAGAAAGAAGUAUUUUCCUCUGAUACCAAGACCAGUGGUUUCCAACUGCCUGCAGAGCUUUCUUCUCAUGGUUUAGAUGUUAUAUCAAAAAUGAACAAACAUCUUCUUCAAGUUCUUCAUGAACUGGAGCUGGACAAAACUCAAGUCUCAGAGACUCUUAACGUCCAUAAAGAGCUCCAGCUUCAACUAGAAGAACUGGUUUCACAGUUGGCACAUGCAGUCCAGCAACAUAAUGUAGACAAGGAAAAUUGGGUUGAGGAAAAGUCUGGCUUUGUAGAACAGCUAGAUUUGAUGCAAGCUAAUCUAGCUGCAUCUGAUGCAAAAGUAUUUCACCUUACUGCACUGUUGGAUAAAUUUUCCGACCAGGAUGAUGUUAAAAAAGAGAUGGUAAAGGACUUUCUUGAAUGUGCUGCCCUCAGAGCAGAUAAACAGAGAUGUGAAAGGAUGGCCAAGGCUGCUCAACAUUGGGCUGAAAAUGCCAAGGCACAAGUGCGAAUAAUUAAAUCAGAAUGGAAUGCCAGUAAGCAGUGGAUUCUGAAGAAUUUUGGAGAUCUAUUGCAGUUCAAGAAAAAUUCCCUUUCACAACUCUCUGAACUGGAAGCAAUGCUGGCAAAUAGUGUUCCCCUUUCUAGUUUAAAGGCAGCAAAUAAGCAUGCAGAUGAAUCAACAGCCAAAUAUGAGGACUUAUUGAGGAGACAUGAGAUACUUGUAAAUAAGACCGACCAAGAGGUCCAGAAACUAGUGUCAGAACUAGAACUUGAAAGAAAAAUGAGACAUGACUUAGUCAAACAGUUUGAAUCACUGAAUCAGAAAUUCUGGGCUAAAAACUUGCCUAAUGAUGCAUCUGUUCAGGAACUGGGUGUUCAACUUUCUGGAGUAGAGGGGGAAGUUCUGAGGGAGAAGCAACUGGCCUACCAUGCUGAAAAAAUGUGUGACAUUGUCAAGGAAGAGGUAAAGCAAGUAUCCAAGCGCUGUUGUGCAUUGGAGGAGGAAGUGAUGACUCUGCUUGAUGCCAAUCAGAAGCUCAAGCUGGAACUCUCAAAAGAAUCCUCUUUAGCUCCAGUUCAUCUAAAUGAAAAGAGUGAUGUGGAAAUAGAACUUGCAACCAAAAAGGCUGAAGUGCUUGAGCUUCAAGCCUCUAGAAAGCAUCUGCAAGAACUUGCUAACAUUUCUCAAGCACAAGUUCAAAUGCUUGAUCAGCUGCAUCAGAGAUCUGAACUUCAACUUGAUUCAUUGCGUCAAGUUUUGUACAAGCUUCAAGGUGAAACUGAUCUAGGCUUCGAAAUUGCACGACUUGGUGAGGAGUUAUGUGCUGCUCAGAUAAGUGAAUCGGCUGCAUGGAACCAAAUCUCUAGUCUUGAAAGGCAAAGAAAUGAAGCACUAUCCUCAUGUGAAAAACAAGCGAAAGAAAUUGAGGAGCUGGAGAGCAAACUCAGCACAGAAAAGCUGCAAUACGUCCAACAGUGCAAGAAAAUGCAGGAGAAAAUGGUUGCUGCGAAUGAGGGCUCAGAGCACAACCUUCCACUCUCCUUCUUCAAUCUAGUUGUGAGAGCUUUUGCUCAGCGCUCAGAAGAGUGUAGAACUUUAUGGAAAGAUUUGCAAGUAGCUAAAGAGGAACUGGUUUCUCUUACACUAGUUGCAGAAGAAAAGAAAGUGUCAUGUCAACAAACAUUAGAGCUUCAAAAUGCUCUUUUGGCCAGCCACUCAGAUGUGGAUUGUCAACGCAGAAUGGAAUCAUGGGCUAAUGCCUUGACAGAUUUUAAAAUUAAGGAUUUGAAGAGUUCAAGGCUUUGUGAUGUUAUGAAAGCUACGCUAAAGCAAACUGAGGAAAGACUUGAGAGUCAAGAAACACUCUUGUCAUCCAUUGAACAGCAACUUCUCUUUUUGGACAUCAGGAAAGUGCCUGCUUCAACUGAUCAAGAUUUUGGAAGAGCUCCAAGUCAGGACACUCAGAAAGUUACUCCGAUUAACAAAACAGUAGACAUGCCAUUGGAUGUUGAAGCUAAUUUAAAGAGUAAUCCUAUUGAGACUCGUGUUGAAUCACCCCCAUCUCCUGCUAAGCCACCACCAACAGACGCAAUGGUUAGAAAGGAAUCGCAGGACAAUGAAGUCCUAUUGAAGGAACAAAUAGUAUUCUUAAAGGAAGAAAUAAAAAAUUUAACAGCGCUUUUAAGAGAAACUGAAACUGAAUUGGGGUCCUACAGAAAAACAUGUAGUGACUUGCAACAGUCUCUGCAUAAAGAGAACACUUCACUGCAAACAUCAAAUCAAGACCCUCCUACGGCAAAAUCACCUCCUAAGGACGCUGUUGAAGCUGAGGAAACUGAGAAGAAUGAUUGUAUUGUUCCUAUCUAUGAUAAAGUUGCUCUUCAGGCGACUGUUGAAAGCCUUCAAAAUAUAAUUAUGCAGAAGGAAAACACAAUAUCGCGAUACCAAAAGUUCCUGGGAGAUGUGCGUGAGGAAGAUGCAAGAAUCAUUUCAGCUCUUCAAGAACAUCUGCGUGUACAGCAAGCUGAACUCACUGCUCAAGAACAAGCUUAUGUCAGAUUAAAAAUUUCCACACGCCAUCUUACACUUGAAGCUAAUGCCGAUAUAAAUUCAAAAACUUGUUUAGACUCACACCUUGCACGCACCAAUGAGCUGGAGGAUGAUGUAGCUCUGCUCAAAGCAAAAGUCUCAUCUCUAUUGACAGAAGUGCAAAACAAGCAACAGGAUGCUUCCUAUUGGAGCUCAGUUGCACAACAGCAUUUGUCUACAAUAGAAGAUCUUAACAUCAAACUGUCAGAGCAGAAAAGCUCUGACAAAAGGUCAUCGUUUUGCUUGCCAGUUCAUGACACAUCUUCAAAGAGCACCAAUCUAUUGCCACCUAAUAAAGUUGAACAAGAUAAACAGGAGUUCAAGGGAUUCAAAAACAUUGAUAGAUUGUCUAAAUUCAAAUCAAAUCAAGUUCAAAUGCAAAUCAACACCGAGUUGGCCGAUUUACGAAAUAAAAUUCUACAAAUGGAGGAGCAAGAGCGGCAUUACAAAAAUGAAAUUCAGCGUCUAAAAGACCAGAUUCCUAUAUACUCUAGAAGAGCACAGCAAAUUCUAAGUGGACCUUUGCGGCCUGAGAGAGAAGAAGAACUGUUGAAAAAAAUUGGAUGUUUGGAGCAGCAGCUGGAACACCAAAAAACGGAACAUGAAAAGAUUCUGGCUCAGCGAGUUCAGCUUGAAACAAAGAAAAUCAAGUCAGUAGAAAAUGUAGCUCGCUGGGAUGAGAGGAAAAAGCAUCAACUCCAAAUUGACAGACUCAAGAAUUCUUUACAUGAACAUACAGAGGAGAGUGUCCUUCUACAUGAUAAAGUUGAAAGGCUGCAUGGUAGAGUUCAUCGAUUGGAGCGUGAAAAGCAAGCCUUGGAACAUCAGAUUAGAAAUUUGCAUCACGUUCAACAGGACAAAGCUCUUUUGGAGGGGCAACUGAAAAAAAUGGAGAGUAGCCGCAUUUCACAGUGCAUGUUAGAUGAAUUACAAAGAGAACGAGACAAGUUGUGUGCAGAGGUUCAAAUAUUAAAAGCCAAGGAUGCAAUGAGAGGUCACAGGUGUAAAGAUGAAUGUCACAGUGACAAUGUGCAGAAAGAACGAGCUGAGCUGCUCAAGGCAAACCUAGAACUCGAAUGUGAAAAUUUAGAAAUGAAAUUAGAACUAGAGAAACUUCAAUCAGAAACGAUGUGUCUGAGGCACAAAGUAUCACAUCUUGAAAGAUUAUUGCUUGAUACACAUGGGCAGAGAACCCUUGGAACUCUACCAGAUGGCACCCAAGAUUUGCUUGUCACUGAAAACAAAAUCCUCCAGCAAAAGGUUCAGCAACUGGUUCAGCAAUUGGACAGUACCAAUCAUCACUUAAGGACAUUAGAAAACAACAAAGAUAAUGGCAGGAUAACUGCUCUACAAACUGAACUGGACCAAAAAUGUGAGUUGCUUCGCAAAGUCAAAACCUUGCUUGAACGGGCAGCUAUUAAAGAAAGACAGCUAUCAGAACAAGUAUAUAAACUGGAAGCUAAGAUAGCUAAGAAAUAGAACCAGCUGAGGCACACGUUAGGCGAGAAAAGAAACAAAUAUUAUCAUGGUUUUCAUUGUCUUUAAUUUGCACUAUUUCUUAACAACAAGAAAGUAAAAAAGAUCUACUGGAA